UGGGCCGUGCGCCCGAGUCGCUACGGCGCGCGCGGUUUCCUUCGCUUUCCCACCCUCCAACGCUCCAAUCCCCCCGGCCGCUGGCUAGGGUUUACGGUUCGCCGCCGCCGCCGCCGCCGCGAUGCAGGCGCUCCGGGAGGCGGAGGCCGAGCUGACGGUGUACGUGCACCCCUCCAACGCCGCCGACGUCCGCCGCGCCGUCGCCCGCCAGCUCAGCACCACCCUCUUCUCGUAUGAAGACCGCUUUGACGGUGUGUUAUUAGCUCAUGAGGUUAUCGUCGAUGGUGGUCAAGCGAAGAUCCUGAAUGGUUUGGUGCCAUUUUUCGGCGUACUGGUGCAUGCGAAUCUGCUGCUCUAUUCUCCCCAGCCGGACAUGAUCCUUGAGGGGAAGGUUGAACUGCUUGGGAAGGAAUCAAUCCAUGCCAUUGUACUAGGGGUUUUCUCAGCAGCCAUCAUGUCAGAUGAUAUUAAUGAGAGGUUCAAGUUCAAAAGAAGAGGUGAUCGAGGAAAAUUCAUAAGCCGGUCGGACAAACAUCAUGUGAUAAGAAAGGGAAGCAUGAUACGGUUUUCUGUAAAAAGGGUGGAUACAGAAAUGAAUUGUCACAUAACUGGAUCUUUAAUCCCACCUCAUACUGGAUCCAUGCAUUGGCUAUCAAUCCAUGAUGCCGAAUAUACAUCAGAAAUCAACAGUCAUAUAAGGAGAUCAGGCAAUAUUAGAAUUAAAAUUGAGCAGAACGAACAAGAUCACAGAACAUUGGACAAUGAAGAUGGCGUGAUAAGUUCUGAACGACCGCACAAGUCCCGAAAGAGGGCUUUAGAAGAAUGAUGCAUUUUAUAAGUUUACAAAGGAUUCUGUUGUAGUACAAAGUUUAGCUCUUAGUUUGGAACAUGGUAAGCUACUGAAGAGCACUGAUUUGUUUUGGGGACACAUGAAAUUGCUUGUGCUGCCUGCGGAUACUCAUUGGAGAGAGACAUGUUCCAUUUCAGUAGA